GACUGUACAAGGUUGCUAUCAAUGCUUUAACCAUGUUGUGUGGCUCGUGUGCCCAUUACGAGAACACAGAAUUGCAGAAGAUUCAAAAACUAAAAUCAAGUCAGUAAAAGAUGCUGAAACGGAUAAUCUCUUAGUAAGUUCCGAAAGUGACUCCAGCGACAUCCAGGUCAUUUUUGACCGCACAUUGGGCGUGUCAGAAAACAGACAAAUUCUGGAACAUGAAGAUAAAAGGGAGACAACCACAUUGUGGAGAGCAACUACACUACAAGUUAGUUCCCUUGAUGUAGAAACUACCUCAGAUUCAGAAACGACAAACAUCACAUCGGAGCAAGAGCUGAUA